AACGUGUUAGCAGCGGAAGAGGAUCACCCGCAAACUUCCGUUUUUCCGCCAGCGCGUCGUUCAUCAUGGCGGCGGGUCCGAUAUCAGAAAGAAACCAGGAUGCUACGGUAUAUGUAGGCGGUCUGGAUGAAAAGGUUUCGGAGCCGCUGUUGUGGGAACUCUUCCUGCAAGCUGGACCAGUGGUCAACACACACAUGCCCAAAGACAGAGUCACAGGGCAACAUCAGGGUUAUGGCUUUGUGGAGUUCCUCAGUGAGGAAGAUGCUGAUUAUGCCAUAAAGAUCAUGAACAUGAUCAAGCUGUAUGGUAAACCAAUACGAGUCAACAAAGCUUCAGCACACAACAAGAACUUAGACGUGGGUGCCAACAUCUUCAUCGGGAACUUGGACCCCGAAAUCGACGAGAAGCUGCUUUAUGAUACUUUCAGUGCUUUCGGCGUCAUCCUUCAGACACCCAAGAUUAUGCGUGACCCGGACACAGGCAACUCCAAGGGUUACGCUUUUAUCAACUUUGCCAGUUUUGAUGCCUCUGAUGCUGCAAUUGAAGCCAUGAAUGGCCAGUACCUCUGUAAUCGACCCAUCACAGUCUCUUACGCCUUUAAGAAGGAUUCCAAAGGUGAGAGGCACGGCUCAGCAGCCGAGCGUCUCCUGGCUGCACAGAACCCUCUCUCGCAGGCUGAUAGGCCACAUCAGCUGUUUGCAGAUGCCCCGCCCCCUCCCACUGCACCUACGCCUGUAAUGACCACACUGGGAGCAGCCAUUCCCAUUCCAGGCAUGCCUCCUCCUGGCGCAUUCCCCCCUGUGCCACCCCCAGGCUCAAUGCCACCUGGAAUGCCCCCUGGCAUGCCCAUGCCCCUUGCUCCAGGGACACCUUCCCCUCAGGGCGGUGCUACAGGACCUCCCCCAGGACCACCGCCCUUCCCACCUGCUGGAAUGCACCCUCCAGGUAUGCCACCUAUGCCAAUGCCCCCUACUGGACCACCAGGUAUGGUGCCACCACCCCCUGGCCCCCCUGGUACCACUCGGGCACCGCCUCCACCAGGCAUGCCUCCUCCUCCACAGAUGGGCAUGCCCCCCAGAGGACCAUUUGGACCACCCAUGGGUCCCCCUAUGCAUCCAGGCAUGAGGGGUCCCCCUCCCCCAAUGCCACCUCCGGGCUAUGCCGGAGGACCACCCAGACCGCCUCCGUUUGGUUUCCAGAGAGCACCUCCCAUGCCCCCAAGACCCCCAGCACCACCCAGAGGACCCAUACGUGCACCUAUGCCUCCUUAAAAAGAGUGUUAACUUUUUAUUAUUUGAAUUGUGUCACGUUUUUAUAUUCAUUAGUUCAUGGACGACAAGAAAUUUAAUUUCCUUUCAUUUUUGCUCACUGUACUUUCUUUAGAAUGGAAUAAACAUUUUUUUAUAGAAA